GUUUUUCCACGCGUUUUAUAGCUGUACCUGCGCGUCUCCCGCCUUCCUCGUCAUUAUUUUUCGCUGGCAGUACUUGCUGUACUUACCAACGAGCAGUAUCAUAGUCAUCAAGAGUGAGUUGGACGUGCAUAGGCAUAUUUUCACAAGGUAAACAACACAACAAAGUAGGAUCAAGUAGUAGGUGACCAAUAACCUCAAACAGAGCGUGUCACACAGUUUUCACAGUUGAAUAAUUGAAGGACAAUCGUGAAUCGCUCCAACAACGUCCUGAGGUGCUCUGAGGAAUGGAAAACUGAUGAAAAUUAAAUUGAAUAGCCAUUCGGGGAACAGAGGAAGUGAUUUCAAGAGUGAUUGAAUAGGAAACAAAGGUUUCCUGUCUCAAAAAAUAAACACGAUGCACUUUUACAAGGAUAGAAUUCUCUCCCCUACACAAUUGAAGAAACUGUCUGAGCACAAGUACAGCUGUACAAAUGCCAGCCUCCUGGAUUCAUAUCUUCAACCCUGGUGGGAAUGGCUUGUCAGUAAAGUUCCACUGUGGCUAGCACCGAAUCUCAUUACUGUCGUCGGACUUAUUAUUAACAUUGCCACGACACUCAUUCUUGUUUAUUACAGUCCUGAUGCCAAAGCUGAGGCACCAAGAUGGGCAUGUUUUCUAUGUGCGCUUGGAUUAUUUAUUUAUCAAAGUCUGGAUUCUAUAGAUGGAAAACAGGCGAGAAGAACGGGCACAUCGUCACCUCUUGGAGAGUUAUUCGACCAUGGAUGUGAUUCUGUUUCCACUGUUUUCGUUGCAUUAUCAGCCUGCAUCGCAGUACAACUGGGCUACUACCCCACAUGGAUGUUUUUCCAAUGUUUCUGCGCUAUGACAUUGUUUUAUUGCGCUCAUUGGCAAUCAUACGUAUCAGGUUCUUUGAAAUUUGGAAAAAUCGACGUGACGGAAGCCCAAUUCACAAUAAUGGGAAUUCACUUAAUAUCAGCAAUCUUCGGGCCAGAAAUAUGGAUGACAGAGAUGCCUUACAUAAACGGUUUACAGUUUAAGUAUUUGAUAGGCGGUAUGACAGCUGUGUGUACGUUAACGAGCUUAUAUUCCAUGUUUUCCGUGAUAUUUACUGGCGGAGUGGGCAAGAAUGGUUCAACUGUAGCUAUCCUGAGAGUUGGUACAUUAUCGAACUUGGUAGCAGGGAUUUUCUAUGCAGGCUUCAUUUACGUGUUCCUUCAAUUCUGUAAAGUAUUUGCCUCUGGUGGAAUUGGAAAGAAUGGUUCCACAAUAGCAGGAACCUCAGUAUUAUCACCGAUUAUCCCCUUCGGUUUUGUAGUAGUUCCGGCCUACAUUAUUUAUAGGAAAAGUGCGGAGAAUGUUUACGAAACUCAUCCUGCACUCUAUAUACUCGCUUUCGGAAUGGUGGCUGCUAAAGUUACCAAUCGAUUGGUUGUCGCUCACAUGACGAAGAGUGAGAUGAAGUAUUUAGAUACUGCGCUUAUCGGACCUUGUAUGCUGUUUCUGAAUCAAUACUUCAAUUUUUUCGUUAAGGAAUAUUAUGUAUUGUGGUUGUGUUUUAUUUGGGUCACCUUUGACUUUAUCCGGUACUGUUCGCAAGUGUGUUUAGAAAUAUGUGAUCACCUCAAGAUAAUGUUAUUUAGGAUUCCCUAUUCAACAGACAGUGUAACAGGUGAAAAGAAUGGUACAUCGAGAACACAACGUCAGCGACCAUCGAAAAAACAUCAUUGAUCGUGCAACUCUGUGAUUAUUUGAUUAAAAAACAAUAAUGACACAACAAUAUCGUGCUUCAGUAGUACAUUUCUUCAUCAGUUGUCAUAUUUUUCUUGCGUUGAGGAGCGAAAAUCAUCUGGAACUCAUUGUAGAGAUUCAUCCAAUUUGCAAUGAUUCGUAUCGUUCGAUGAUGAAAUGACAGAGAAAUGAAACCAGUGUUAUUGUGGUUCACGCGAUCACACUGUGUAUAAAUAAAUAUGUAAUUUUAUAUUUGUAUUUUACAUAUAUAAUAAUCUGAUUAAUUAAUUGCAAAUUGAGGUUUGUCAGAGGCGUGAAUUUCUGUAAUUUAUUCUUCGUAUUUGUUCUUUCUUUUUAUAAAUAGGUCAAAAAUAUUAAUGAUUA